ACUGACGAGAUCUUACUUCAAAUAAACAGAAUAGCUCUUCAAGCUUCAGUUUUUUCAAGAUGGGCAACUUUAUUACAGCUCGACCUGUCAGAGGUUUGCUGUUUAUUUGUUUGAGUUUAACUCUUACCUAUCAAAUAUCUGGAAAAGGGGAAUCCAACUUUCUGUCAAAUGGUCUAAACCUGGCAUUGGAUUUGAUUGGAGGUUUAGAUUUGCUAGCUGGUGUGUUCCAACAAGACGAUUUUCAGAAACUACAGGAGUUGUCCGAUAAACUCGAUAGGCUCCAGGAUACUGUUAACUCGAUUCUGACCUAUGUGAAAACUUUCGUUGAAGAAAUUGACUUACAAAACCGUUUCAAAUCCUUCGACGAGGUGAAAGGAGUUAUACAAGACUUGGUUAUAUAUUUUGGAAGGUAUAUAAAUGCUGUCGAAGAAGAGAAGGAACAAUAUAAACAAGAGUUCUUGGAUCAAGUAGACAAUAACGUCCGUGCUUUACGACGUUUAGCAGAUGUUAUGUUUGGAAUACCGUCUGGUCAAACUGAGUCUUUAUUUCAAAUCCUUGUAGGUAGGAACAGGUGCUCUUAUCAAUAUAUUCUGCACUUAAUUAAUCUUAUUUGGAAUGAACUUGAAAUUGCAUCAUCGAUUGAGUUGAUGUCCAUUUCACUUAAGUAUAAUUCAACGUUGACACAAGAACUGGAGUACUGGAGAGAUAUAUUUCUAAAGAUUUAUAACCAGGAUAUUCUUCCAAUAAUGAACAAGUGCGACGGCCAGAUGGAAGAAUAUCUUAAGGAAGACAUGCGAAACUGUUCAAACAUAAAAGACAUGGAAUCCCUUUUGACGGAGAGAUAUGGGAACUAUGAGCUGAUAGGCGUUAUCUUAGAUACAGGGGACCUGUUCAUAUCCAACGACGCCAAUGAAACCGGGGUUCAUUAUACCUGCAUUCAGUCAUGUGACAGCGGAAAGAAGUGCGUUAUAUACAAAAAGAAAGACAACAAUGAAUCUGCUCCUACCGCUGUUGCAAAGCUCAUCGGCAGACAAAAGAAUUUUCUCAAGUAUUUUACAACAGAUGGCUGGUACGUGAUUCAGUCCUACAGAGGUUUGGAAAGCGAGGUCGACUUCUACUUCAACAGUUCGCGUUUUGAGAAUUACACGCAGACCAUGACAGUGCAUUUCUCGGAAACCGUCCUAGCAGACGACGCGGUCUCGGAACAGACUACAUGCGCGGGACCCUAUAUACAUACCAUGGGAGCCAGCUUGGUGUCUUUGCUCGCAGCGCUGCUUAUCGGACUUAUGGUUUGAUUGAUAGUCAUAUGUCACUAUUGUUCAUGACAAAAUGGUGCAUUUACAUGUGAAUAUUCUGGGUGAAUUUCUUUUUAUUAUUCUACUGUUCACUGCACCGUAUAUGCCAUUGUAACAAAUCAAUGAAAUUAACAAUAAUAUACACUUAAUGAAACUGAAUAUGAUAAUUUUGCUUCCAUUGCUUAUAUAUAUAUAUAAAAUAUUGACUGACAAUUAUUUCUGCUUUUUGAUUUUAUCAAUAUAUUGAUCAAAUUAUUAUUCCGUACAUAAGUUCAGCAAUUUGUUUAAUUCAUGACGCUCGAAAGAUUCCGUGAUCAAAGCUGAUCCUUUAUCUUUAUAGACAAUGUCUUUUUAUUCCUUUGUGAUUGUUCGGAAUUUUUAUUUGUUUUAUUAUUCACACGCACGUCUUUUAUUCGAAAUGUGACAUGUGCAUAUUAAGAAUAUUCAAUCAAAAUGUGGGAUUCCUGUAAUUAUGCCAGUUGCCGUAAAUAGCAAGAAAUCAUUACCGUUUUUUUUGGAAACCAUUUUUGUUCUAUCAUGUAUUGCAGUGAGGCUAUUCCGAAAUGAAUCUUUGAUAAGCAACUGUUAGAACAGAAAUAUAAUGUUAUAUCAUCAUCAAUUGUCUUUUGAACUGUUUGUCGUUUUUAUACAUAAUACGAACUUCCCGGAAAAUUCACACAACGAUAUACCGAUUAACUGAUUUUUUUUACCCCACCCACGCCUCAAAAUUUGUCAACAACCUAGCGUGGUCCUAAUAAUUACCUGGAAAACUACCUGUUUGAUGAGCUUGAUAUCAGGCUUUAUAUUGUUUUAUUCUGUGUAUUUUAUUUUUCAUCAUUAUUUUUUCUUGACAUUUCAUUGUGUAAAAAUGUGUUUAAAACAUAAUGCUUCAAUGUAUUUUAUAGAGCUUGUACUUAAAUGUUCUACUGAAGAUUCUUGUCCCAACCCUAAUCUUCUUCUACCUUGUCUGUUUCUGCACAAUAAAUAACUGGUUUGGUUAUUAUAGUGUAACUUGGUCCAAAUUUGCAAGGGACAACAUUCACAUGCAUAGCUAGGCCCAUAACUCUGGCUUUAAUAAUUGUUGAGUUAUGCCCCUUAUUUUGCUCUAAAGGGCAGUAAACCUUGAUAAACAAAGACAAAUGUGUCGUCUAUUAAUUUUGUUAGUGAUUUAUAGGAAAUAAAUAGUUAUAUGAAUGACUUUAUACUUGUCACACAUUUCAGUUGAACUAUUCUAUUAUGUGCUAAUAAAUUUUAUGUUUAUGUAAAUGAUAAAUAUAGAUACCUACGAGUUCAUUGUAAUGCAAUGUAGCGUUGUGUUUAUUGUAGAUUUCCAUCUAGUUUUUAGUUGUCCUCAUUUUAAUUUCAAUUCUUAUGUUUGGUACUUGUAUAUAUAUAAUUAAUGACUUUGAAUGAUGUCUUUAAUAAGAUUUUGUUUUAAAACAAUUAUUUCAAUAAGAUCUUAAAUUGUAUUUUAACAUGAUAUAUCUAGUAAAAGUAUGUGUAAAAAUACGAAAUUUAGCUAAACACGUCUGCUUUCCCCUGUUUGGAUUAUAAAUGAAAGUGAAUAUUAUUUCUAGUUGCAGCCUAACCUUAGAAGUUGCAAGAAUGUGAUAUGUUGCGAGUAUGUGUUAAAAUUUAACAUGACAAGCUUUAAAGCUGCACUCUCACAGAUUGAACGUUUUAACAACUUUUUUUAUUUAUUGUCUUGGAACGAUCAAUUAAUUAAUUAAUCUAUGCUCAUGUUAUCCUUCUAACGUAAACAAAAUUAUGUAUGCUAUAACUCGCUGCUGCAAAUCUCUUGUAUUUCGUUUUGACAAGAUUUUUGCAUCCAAGCGGCGAAUCACAUACAACUAUACUAUCAUGGAAGUCAAAUAGACUAAUCUUAUUUGCAUGUAGAAUAUAAGCUUUCUAUUUAUACUUAGAUAUGAAGCUAUAUCCUGCAAUGUUUGUAUAAAUAUUUUGACACCAAUACGCAAUAAUUUAGAACUGUACUAUUAUUAUACAUAUAUUAUAUAGGUUCUAUGUCUAUAAAUGUUUGUAUAUACCAUGAAUAUCUCCAGCCAUGGGGGAAAUAAAGAUGUUGAGUUGAGUUGAGUUGAGUUGAGCUUAUUUUGGCGAAAAUCCAUGGAAACCAGUUAUAUAGGACUGCUGAUUUUCGCAGAUUUUUAUACUUUAUUUUUUAAAAAUUGAUGUUUUAUGCAUUUUUUUUUUAAACCGUGAGUAAGGUUUAAGCGAUAAAACAUUAAUUUUCGAAUGGAAAUAUGAAAAUCUGCGAUCUGAUCUCUUGUCAGCAAUCUUAUAUCAUUGGUUUGCAGAUAUUUAUGCAAAGGUUUGCUCUUUCCAAGAACAAAAUUAAAAAAGGUUGUAAAAAUUGUAAAUUUGUGAGAGUGAAGCUUUAACAUACAGAAUUUGUGUUAUCAAAACGUGACAUGACUAUUGUAAUCAUAAAAUAAACAUGAUGUACAAUUUACGUUUGUUUAUAUCUAUCUCUGUUACUGGUAUUUUAAACUCUGAGGCCGUCCUUUGUAUUACUUGUUUAAAUGUGCUUUAUAAUUUGUAAUAAUGCCAAGAUUUUGAGUAGUUUUAUAUUAUAUUCUGCGUGACGGUGUAGAAGAACCAUUGUGUAUAAGUUUAGUUAUGAACCUGGUGCCUGUUACAAUAAACGUCUUAGUCAUAAAGUGGAAUUCUAUUCUUCUUUAAGAUUUUCAAAGUAACAUUCAAUAUCCUUUAUUGAGACAGGUUCCAUAAACACUUAAUGUGACCGUGCAUUCCCCUCUAGUGAAGCAUGGAUGCAGAUGUGGGUUCAAUUUCAAUAAAAAAUUAAACAAUACAUUUUCUUAAGAAACAUGUUUAGUUUUACUAUGAUUUAUUCCAAACGCUGAUAAAAUUUACACUUGAAAACAAUGUCUAUGUCUAUGUUGCGUUAGAAUUUUUUUUUAAUUCCUAUGUAUGCACUUUUGAGCGAAACAUUUCUUACACAUUACAGUGUUACAUAACAUGGUAAACUUUUUACACUUAAGUUUGAACUGAUAUUUUGCCUGUUUAGAACAAGAUAUGUUGCGUAAGUGAUUUUUUGUGUUAAGAGAAAGAAUAGAAAAUAUGUGGCAAUAGUUAAAACAGUUGGACAGUUUGAUGUAUUGUUAAUGACUGAUGUGUAACUGGUUCCAAAUCAAUGUUGUAUGAUCAUCUGUUAUGUUUACAUGUCUCAUUAUUUAAAAUAAACAUUGAAAAAUAA